AUGUUACGUAAUCGCAAUUCUUUUCAGCUAUUCAUUGCUGCCUGUGCCAUCGUAGCUGUUCAUGCUGGAGGCCUGAUUGCUCCGGCAAGCUAUUACAACACCUACUACAAUGGAUACAGCUCAUACCCCGCACAACCAGCUAUCUCCAGUCAGCAGGCAAACAUAAUAAGAUCACCGUUUAAUUUGGGAGAGAUAUCAACGUAUUCAAAAGCAAUAGACACUCCGUUCUCAAGUGUACGUAAAGCGGACAUUAGGGUUAGCAACCCAGGGUUGGCCAUCGCUCCGGCAUACCGAACAAUCGCUUCACCGAUUUUAGCACCGGCUCCAUUGGUAGCGCCCAAAGUAGCAACCGGUCUACUGGGUGUAGCUUAUUCAGCAGCUCCUGCCGUGUCACACAUGACAUAUACAAAUGCACUUGGUCUGAACUAUGCUUGGUAA